CAAAGGGGAUGAUGAUGAUCAUGGAGUGGAGUCGCAGAAGAUUCAACUCACUUGGAUCUCGUCGACUGUAAAACAUAAUCCGAAGAAGAAAGUGUGUUUUGUUUGUUGUUUUGUUUGUUUAGAUGCAAUGGCUUAUCCAUUUUAUCGAUCACCAUUCGGUGACACAACGUUGACGAAAGUGUUUGUUGGGGGAUUGGCUUGGGAGACGCCAACUGAGGAAAUGCGCUGUUAUUUUCAACAGUUUGGAGAGAUUCUUGAAGCUGUUAUCAUCACCGAUAAAUACACCGGAAAAUCUAAAGGAUAUGGCUUUGUCACUUUUCGUGAUCCUGAAUCAGCUAGGAAGGCAUGCGUUGAUCCAAACCCUGUAAUCGAUGGAAGAAGAGCGAAUUGUAACAUUGCGUCACUCGGAAGGCCUAGACUUUCACCGCCACGAGGAAGAUUUCGAGGUACUAACCCUUACCAGGGUGUUGUACAGCAAGGUGCACCAUCUUAUAGUGGAGUCGCAGCACCAGUGCAGCAGCCGCCGCCGCCGCCGCCUAAUGUCUUUUAUCCACCAUAUGGGUACCCGACUUACAGUGGUGAAUAUGGGUAUCACCGAACGCUCUAUAAUCCACAAAUUCAGCAGCCACAAUACUAUCAUCAGCUGUAUGGACCGUCAUCAUCAAUGGGGUCCCCAUAUUAUUAUGGGUAUUCUCUGCAAGCCCCGAGGGGAACAUUUUCUGCACCACAGGCUCAACGUUUCCUUGGAUCUUCCUACCUUUACUACCCUCCUCCCAUGGAGGGUUCCUCCCCCACUUAUCCUCCCUUUCAUCUCACUACCCAUCCCUUUCCUUCUCCCACAGAUUCAGAGACUGAACGGAAAACCACCACAGAAACAGAAGGCGGUGCCAUUACAUCUGAAAGCCCAAAAACCUAA